UAAAGGUUCAUAAAUAGAUAAAAGUCUAUUAUCGUCUAUUGAAAUUAUUUAAUAUUUUAUGAGAUAAUUCGCAAUAUAAAAUUACCACGACACAUCCAACGUCGGUAUUGAACCAUUCUUUGAACUUGAUUUAAUAAUUUUCGAGAAAAAUGAAUUAAGAGAGGAAUAAUGACAUGGGAUCUUUCCCUUUUUGAGUUUUAUGGUCUCCCAUUACAAAGGUUGCGCAUGCGCAUAACGCGCGUCUCCUCGUGAUGACAGCAAAUGACAGUCCAGUUCGCUCCUGCAGAACAGUGAGAGACGGCCAACCGCGUACAAACAAUUUUUCUCGCUUGAUACGUCUAACGACCCACCGUGUUUAGUGGUAAUAUAAUACAUCAACACUUACCCUUUAAGUUCGCACUACUUUGUGCAGUUCACCACUGUGAAAGAUUUACCUUAGUGUGUGAGAGCUGGUGAAGAUGGUGAAGCCAGACAUCCAUACUCUGGCCCACCACCUGAAACAGGAGCGGCUUUAUGUGGCAUCAGAGAAGCAGCUGAUCCAGAGACUCAACAGUGAUGUCCUGAAAACCGCCGAGAGACUAUACCGAGCUGCAUGGAUUGCCAAACAACAGCGGAUCAACCUUGAUCGGCUCAUUCUUACCAGUGUGGAAGCCUCUCCAGCUGAAUGUUGCCAACAUGCCAAAAUGCUGGAAGACACACAGUUUGUUGAUGGCUACAAGACUCUGGGCUUCCAAGAGACCAUCUAUGGGGAGUUCCUGGCCCGUAUGAGGGAAAACCCCAGACUGGUAGCAUCUUGCCUUGUGGCAGGUGAAAGAUUGAACCAGGAGCACACUCAGGGGGUCAUCCACACCGUUUUCACCUCACUUUAUGGCAACUGUAUAAUGCAAGAGGAUGAGAGUUACUUGUUACAGGUGUUGCGGUACUUAGUAGAGUUCGAGCUAAAAGAGAGUGACAACCCACGACGCCUUCUGCGACGAGGCACAUGUGCCUUCAGCAUCCUGUUCAAGCUCUUCUCUGAGGGCCUGUACUCAGCUAAACUCUUCUUAACUGCCACCCUCCACGAACCCAUUAUGCAGUUGUUGGUGGAAGAUGAAGACCACCUAGAGACCGACCCAGGAAAAGUGACUGAGCGCCUGACUCGUGUCCAGCAGGAGCGUUUUGGAGAGAAAGGCUCUGAGGGCUACAAACAAAGAGUGCAGGCAGCUGUUGAGACCAAUGAAGCAAAGUUAGUUGCUUUGGUCAACAAGUUUAUUGGUUAUUUGAAGCAGAACACCUACUGCUUUCCCCAUAGCUUGCGAUGGAUCGUAUCGCAGAUGUACAAGACUUUGUCAUGUGUGGAAGGUUUAGAGAUAGGAGAGGUGCGUACCAUGUGUACUGACUUACUACUGACCUGCUUCAUCUGUCCAGCAAUCGUUAACCCUGAACAGUAUGGUAUCAUCUCAGAUGCCCCUAUUAAUGAAGUGGCACGCUUCAAUUUGAUGCAGGUUGGUCAGCUUUUACAGCAGUUGGCGAUGGCUGAUGACGAUGCAGACCCUAGACGAAAAAGCUGUUUGUCCAAAUUUGAUAAAAGCUGUGUUGCAGCUUUUCUGGAUGUGGUGAUUGGUGGCAGAGCAGUUGAAACACCACCUAUGUCAUCAAUGAACCUUCUUGAAGGCCUUAGUAGGACUGCAGUUUAUGUUUCGCAUCAUCAAUUAAUUGCAUUGGUGGAUUUUGUGCGUAGUGUCACGGCUGGAGACCACCUCCGGGAGGAGGAGCACAUGGCCUUAGAAACUCUGCUGGCCAAUGUGCCCCAAUCACAGACUGGGAAGAGCAACAGUCUGGAACUCACCCCUUCCAACACCCCCCAACUCUCCCCUGCGAGCACUCCAGCUAAUAAGAAGAACAGGCUCCCCAUAGGACAACACUUAGCCGCUAUAACAUCCUGGGACCCUACAACCUCCUCCCUGUCUGCUCAUAUUCCAUUAGUAACCCCUUUUGCAGCUGCUAGGAGCCGCAGCCGUACCAACAUUGCCCAGGAGGGGGAAGCAGAGGCUAGCUCCCAAGAGUCGUUACAAGAACUGAUGCCAGAAGAGGUGCUUGUGAUAUCGUUUGGAAAUGGUCCUCAGACUGUCCCUGGAAUGAUGUCAGAGAAUGAGGUUUUGAACUGUCAAUUGGCUGAUGCUGCACAAGGUGACAGCCAUGCAGACGACACAAAGCUUCAUGGUAAACCGGACAAAACACUGCGCUUCUCACUCUGCAGUGACAAUUUGGAAGGCAUCUCUGAGGGUCCUUCCAAUCGUUCUAAUUCAGUAUCAUCUCUUGACCUUGAGGGAGAAUCUGUUUCUGAGCAUGGAGCUGGACCUUCGGGGAGCAACGGGGUGGAGGCUCUUCAGCUUUUGGAGCACGAACAAGCCACCACACAGGACAACUUGGAUGAUAAACUGCGCAAAUUCGAGAUAAGAGAUAUGAUGGGCCUGACAGAGGAUCGAGACAUUUCUGAGACUGUCAGUGAGACCUGGAGCACCGAUGUGCUUGGUAGUGAUUUUGACCCAAACAUGGAUGAAGAUCGGCUUCAGGAAAUAGCAGGGGCAGCUGCAGAGAACAUGCUCGGCAGCCUGCUGUGCCUCCCGGGAUCAGGCUCAGUGUUACUGGACCCCUACGGCUCCACAAUCUCAGAGACCACAAGCGAGGCAUGGAGUGUGGAAGUCCUGCCAAGUGAUUCAGAGGCUCCAGAUUUGAAGCAGGAGGAACGGCUGCAGGAGCUUGAGAGUUGCUCAGGGGUUGGCAGCACCUCAGAUGAUACAGAAGUCCGGGAGGUCAGCUCAAGACCAAGCACUCCUGGCCUCAGUGUCGUCUCAGGUAUCAGUGCGACAUCAGAAGACAUCCCCAACAAGAUAGAAGAUCUGCGCUCUGAGUGCAGCUCAGACUUUGGAGGGAAGGACUCUGUGACCAGUCCAGAUGGGGAGGAGUCAGGCCACGGGGCACACCUGCCAGCAUCACAAGAGGUUUCUUUAAUGGUCUUGUUUGAUCCCCUCUGUGGUGAAGGGUCCACAACUGGGACAAUAGUGAGGCCUAAGGUCCACUACGCCAGGCCUGCUCACCCACCACCGGAUCCCCCCAUCCCUGAAGCUAGUGCCCUCGGGCAGGAGACACGGCACUCUGUCAUCAGCCUGGCUCAAGCAGAGUUUGAGCAGACCAAGCAGCGCCACUCCUUCCCUGAUCGACUGGUCCGUAGUCGCAGCUCAGACAUUGUGUGCCCAGGCCGUCGACCAACAAGUGACCCUGGGCUGAAUCGCCGUGUCGCAGUUGAAGAGCGUGACUCUGCCGGAGCCUUCGCUAUAGGGCCUUCUUCAUCACCAAGCAAAGACUCCUUGAAAGGGGAGGCUGAAGACAGAAAAGACAGUGAUGAUGAGAAGUCAGAACGCAACAGGCCUUGGUGGAAGAAGCGUUUCGUGUCAGCCAUCCCAAAAGUGCUGUAUUGGACGGCUGAGAGUGAUGUCCCAGCUCCGAUAGCCGCGUUUCGGAAACGAGACAAGCAUGAGAAAGAUGACACUGCCCCAGAGCGAAUCCCACAAGAUGACCCUUUGCCAAGACCCAGCUCCCAGGUCCAGGCAGCUGAAGACAUCUUGGACAAGUACCGAAACAUAAAGAGGACCAGUCCGAGUGAGGGAGCCACAGCAGGAGCAGUUUAUGAGGGUGCCGGAGACAUGGGUGUUGAGGAAAGUGUUCAUGACUCUCCAAGAGAAGAUGCUCUGCAGAACAUUUCUACGGACGACCUCCCAGAUUCAGCCAGUCAAACAGCUCAGCAGCAUGGAUCAAAGUUCUCCUUUAGCGAUGCCAAGAAAAAGUUGCGAUUGGCAUUGUGUUCUGCAGACUCAGUGGCUCUGCCUAUCCUGACUUCUACAACGACUAGAAAUGGUUUGCCUGACCAUAUGGACCCUGAAGACAAUGAGAUUGUGUGCUUCCUGAAAGUGCAGUUAGCAGAGGCCAUCAACCUCCAGGACAAAAACCAAAUGGCUCAGAUCCAGGAGACUACGCGUUGCGUAAGCCGUUUCGACCCCCGCACCUGUAGGAAGUUGAUUGCUGCAAUUGCAGAGGAUUACAGAAAGCGGGCUCCAUAUAUAGCGUAUUUAACAAGGUGCCGCCAGGGCUUGCAGACCUCCCAGGCCCAUCUGGAGAGGCUUCUCCAGAGAGUUCUGAGAGACAAGGACGUAGCCAACCGCUAUUUUACCACAGUAUGUGUUCGCCUCCUUCUUGAACACAUGGAGUCUAGGAUGCUUGACUUCAUCAAGGCUUUCCAAAAUUGCACAGCAGCAGAUGACAAGACUGCAGCAGUUGAGGAUUUUCUGCGCUACUUGUACGGCGCCAUGGCCCGUGAUGCCAUUUGGCAGUAUGCGAGUGAAGACCAGCUGCAGGAUGCCCAGAUGGCCAUCGAGCGCAGCGUUAUGAACCGCAUCUUCAAGCUGGCCUUUUACCCCAAUCAGGAUGGAGACAUUCUCAGAGAUCAGCUUUUCCAUGAACAUAUCCAGCGGCUCUCAAAAGUUGUGACUGCUAAUCAUAGAGCACUUCAAAUUCCAGAGGUUUACUUGAAGGAGGCACCUUGGCCCUCUGCACAGUCUGAGAUCAAAACCAUCAAUGCCUACAAGACACCCAGAGACAAAGUCCAGUGUAUACUGCGCAUGUGUUCCACCAUUAUGAACCUCCUCAGUCUGGCCAAUGAAGACUCUGUCCCUGGUGCUGAUGACUUUGUUCCUGUGCUAGUCUUUGUCCUCAUCAGGGCAAACCCGCCUUGCCUGCUGUCCACCGUUCAGUACAUCAAUAAUUUCUACGCCAGCCGGCUGAGUGGGGAGGAGUGCUAUUGGUGGAUGCAGUUCACCGCGGCGGUGGAAUUCAUUAAGACCAUCGACGAUCGCAAGUGAAGCAGAACAGCCACCUGUAUGGGCAGACUGUGGGGGAAGGAGAGAGACUGGGAACAUUCCCAACCAACUGCUCCCUCCGCGCAGCUUUUGAAAGCUGGCCCUCAGCCUGCUCGUUGUGUGUAUAGCUUGUACAUAGCCACAGACGCUCAAAGAUUACAGAAUAUAUAUUACUGUUCGUAUGUGGACAAAUCCAGGUUUUAGCCGUGAUGGGAGAACGGCUGUAGGGAAAAUUUGCAACAUGUUAACCUUGAACUUGAUUUGGGUUUUUCUCUUUGUCGCUCAAGUCAUAUUUCACUUUUUGGGUGUAUGAAUUAGGAAUUUUAUAUAUAAGCAGUUAUUACAAAUAUAAAACUAAAUCAGCCUAAAUGACGAACCUAUUUAAAGGGACCAGAAUUUGUUGUCGUGAUCAUCUUAUUUUCCCCAAGAGAUUCAAUUUCGUUAUAUUGAAAUAUAUAUUAAAAGCACUGAAAGAGGCGAUGAGAUUCAGUGACUCUCACCAUUGUGAAUUCCCAUUAACCUACCACUAUACCGUUAGUGAAUCAAAUUUUAUGGCAGCUUAUUUAAGGUCACUCUUGAUGCAAAUGUGUCCGAGUUAAUAAUUUGGACACAAGAGCCCACAUAUUAUUCUAUUCUGAUCCUAUGUAAUGCUUUAACUCACUGUUUAAAACAUGCAUAUCAUGCCCUUUCAUGAGGCAAGGAAUUCUAUCCUGAGAAGUGUGCAAGUAAAUGCAAGGAAAGCACCUGAGUAGUCCGCCCUUGGGGAUGCUUGGUGAUGAGGGAAUACAGGGUUGGCUUUUGCACACAAGGAGUGGUGGCAUUAAGGAUAUUGUAUAUUGAAAGUAGUGCCUUUAUGUGGGGCGCCCUGUACAGUUUACAAUUAGUUUUCUGCGAACACGACAUGCCCCCAUACCAGCGUGAAUGCACACUUAUGAAAAUACCCGCUCUUCACUGGGCCAACUACAUUCUUCACAUUUUUCACGUUACUGAUUGCCAAGACUUAGUCACUUUAAUGUACUUGAAUUUAAACAAAUGUCCCUUUUAGGUAGUGGCAGUGUUAUGUGUCUGCUUACACUGACUGCUGCAUUGCUGAAUCACACAACUAGAUGGCUUCUGUGAGGCAGUCAAAGCCUUUAGACUUGCAUUUGGAGGCGUUACGCCUUUUCCUAAUUUUAAGCGAACAAAGCCGUUUCAUUUCUCCUCUAUGCCUGUGAAGUAACGCCUGAUUGGAACUAUGCUCUCUACCUCCUCGUGCAUUCAAGAAAGGGACAGGCAUUUGUGCACUUUUCUCCUUUUGGCUCAGUUUCUGUGCACUCAUGUGCCAUGUGUAAUUACAGUUUUGCUAAGCCAUUACUUGACCUAUAGUUAAUGAGCUGACAGCACAAUACACAUUAGAUGUGGAGAGCAAAUCAACACUGUUCACUUGUUACUGCCUUUCAAUUAAUGCUCUGUCCUGUUUAUUUGUGUUUUUGUCAAGUUGGCAUGUAAGAUGGUUCAGAUUUGUUGAUCUGUUGGCCCUCUUGCAUAAAGUCUCAGUGAGCUGUUCAGUUUUGGUCAUUACAUUCAUUACGUGCUACAGGCCUGUCAGUGACCAUUCCAGAGGAUGUGAAACGAUUUUCUUUCAGUCAAUGAAACUGAUUAUUUUGCACAAAAAUGUUCCCUAAAUAGUAGUCCAGAGACCUGACUGUUACUGUAAAUGUAAACACUUUACAGUGGCUUAUGAACCUUAGGUACAAAUCUUUAUUCCACAAGAAACAUCUACUGGAAAAUCAACAAAAGGGUGGCAUCUACGAAAUGCUGGGUUCGUUGGAAACCUACACUGCACAAAUCUACAAAGCAGCUACUGUAUAAAAAUUGCCUAAUUUCAGAGUUCAAGAUACAUAUACGCAAGAAAAGAGACUACCCAACCAUCUUUUUGAUUGUUGUUAAAGCUUUAUGGCUCUGCUUCCUGUGCAAUGGCACUGAAUGGCUGAGCAGAAGAAGAAAAAAAAUGCAUCUAAUUUUAAAUGUAAGCUUGCCCAGCAAUGACAUGCAGGCACAGUUUGUCUUUAUUGUGAUUAAUGCAUUAUGUAAUUCUUUAGAAACAAUAAAAGAACGUUUUUCCCUUA